CGUGCUCUGAGCUCCUGCCGUCUCCCCUCCCGACGCCUGUUCGACUGUUGCCGCUCUUUCGUCUGACGGGCUCUAUCUCCCCGCGCGCGCACCUCCACCACACAACAUCCUCACACUGACGCCUUCGCGGUAGACAGACACAAAUGGCGGCGGUCGCCACCAUCCUCUGCGGCGGCGGCGCCGCCGUCGCCGGCCACCAGCGGUUCCGCCGCCGCGGAGCCCCAUCGCUCCAUGCCAGAGGCAACCCCGUCUCGGACGGCGCUCACCUGGUCUGCGGUGGGAAGCUCCGACCGGCGUUGUUCCCCGCUUCCUCCUUCGGUACCGUAUCCCUGCCUUCUCCGGGGAGUAGGAGGCUCCCCCGGACGUCGGCUUCCGGUCCCUCAUCUGACUCCCAGGGGCAAGCAAAGCCCAUCGGUUUUUUGGAGAGGUACCCGGCUCUUGUCACUGGUUUCUUCUUCUUCAUGUGGUAUUUUUUGAAUGUGAUAUUUAACAUCCUCAACAAGAAGAUCUUUGAUUACUUCCCCUAUCCAUACUUUGUGUCGGUGACCCAUCUUUCGGUUGGAGUCUUGUACUGCCUUAUCAGCUGGGGCACCGGUCUCCUGAAGCGUGCGCCGAUGAAUUCGACGCUUUUGAAGCUGCUGCUGCCAGUUGCAAUUUGUCAUGCCAUCGGUCAUGUAACGAGCACUGUGUCUUUUGCUGCCGUAUCGGUCUCAUUUGCCCACACCAUUAAAGCUCUCGAGCCGUUCUUCAACGCGGCUGCUUCACAGUUUAUUCUUGGGCAGCAAGUUCCCUUCACAUUGUGGUUAUCCCUGGCUCCAGUUGUGAUAGGUGUAUCAAUCGCAUCUCUCACCGAACUCUCAUUCAACUGGACUGGUUUCAUCAAUGCCAUGAUUUCUAAUAUCUCAUUCACCUACCGUAGCAUUUAUUCGAAGAAAGCUAUGACUGACAUGGAUAGCACCAAUCUGUAUGCCUAUAUCUCCAUAAUUGCUCUCAUCGUCUGCAUUCCUCCAGCACUUAUUAUUGAAGGACCUCAACUAGUGCAGCAUGGAUUUAAAGAUGCAAUUGCCAAAGUUGGAUUAACAAAGUUAGUUUCCAAUAUUUUCUUGGCGGGCUUGUUCUAUCACCUUUAUAACCAGGUUGCAACAAACACAUUGCAGCGGGUGGCCCCUCUAACACAUGCCGUCGGCAACGUGUUGAAACGUGUCUUUGUCAUCGGCUUCUCAAUCAUCAUUUUUGGCAACAAGAUCACGACACAAACUGGAAUUGGAACAGCCAUUGCUAUUUCUGGUGUUGCUCUAUACUCAGUUAUCAAGGCUAAGAUUGAGGAGGAGAAAAAGGAUUUGUGUCCUGUUCAGGAAGGCGUGCCGGCGGUAGCUCCUUGAAGAUGGAAUAAGGUCCUCCCUGCCUAGCCCCUGGCCGUCGGUGCAUGUAGCAUCUAUCAUCGUCGAAGGGCGUGUCGAGGUGUGUCUCCGGCGGAUCUCGUGGGAUUCACUCGGUUCGGUAUUGGUCUUUGCUGGAUCUCCAAUUUUCGUUCGUGUGUUUACAACAGGUUGAAUCCUUUAGAUCUAUGAUUCUCUUCAUCGUCGACAGUUGUUGUUCUGGUGCACUGGUCGUGUGGGGCAUUAGUAUGAUGACUUCCGACUGUUUAGUUUUGCUCGGCACGGUGAGGGAGGGACGAUGCCGGCAGUGCACCUUUGGCUCGCUCAAGUGCUUUAGUCAUCGCUAGGUGAUCUACGAACCUAAGUGUAUUUUUUUUCUAGUGUUCUUUGCACUGUCAUGACAGAUAAUGCAUAGACCAGAAGUUUUCUUUAUAAGAUCUUAGGGUAAUUUAAGCCAGACCUAUUGGAUUUCAGUUUAAUACUUUUUGGA